CCAGUGCUGUGACUAGUGUUGCUGAGUAAGGAUCAAAUCCUAUACGCGCUGUUACUCCGUCCUAACAUUAUAUAUAGUGUUUAGAUAUAUAUUUAUCUACUUUACGUGAUCUAUAAAGUGAUUCUAUAAUUUUGUGUUUCAACAGCUGGAUUAUUGAAGAGAUAAAAGAAUGUUCUGAGAAAAAGACAGAGAUGAAGAUUAUGAUGAUUUUAUAGAAACUACCAUCUAGAAGAGUUUAAUUCAAAAAGUUCUAAAAGUUAAUUACAAAGUUAUUUAUUCAAAAGUUUUGAAAGAGUGAAUAUUAACGUGAAAUCAGGAAGAACUGUACAAAAAGCUCUAAAGUUUCUGAAUUAUAUUUUUGAUGAACAGUUAAGCAGUCCAAACAGAGGCUGUGAAUUUACAAGAAGAAAUUUUGUAACAGGAUGAGAACCCAGAGUAAACCAACAGAUUCCGAACUAAAUCCAGAGUCAAACCCUUAUCCGUACUCUUUUUCCUACCUGGAGUAACAGGUUGGAGACGAAUCAGGAUAGAAGAUGGAAGAUGGAGAGAAGAACCAGAUUAUGGAAAGAGGACGGAGAGAGAAGCGAGAUCAGAAUCCUGGAUCAGGACGGAGAAAGAACGAUCGCACUAAAGACGGAAUUGGAUUAACCGAACGAGAUUUGAACCAUGAGAUCUGGAAAAAAGAUUCUGGGGUGAGGGGAAACAGUUCUUCUCAAUCACAGGGAGAGGAUAAGAUAAAAAGUUCCAACCUGAACCUUGUCACUGAACCUGGAGAUAUAUUCAGACAACAACAGAAUAUCUCCGACCCUAGAGAAGUACUGAGUUCAGAAAAAGAACCAACUUUCAGAAUAAUAACAGAGCCUGUAACUAAUCCUAGGCUAAACAUAAUCCAUCCCUCCGGUGUAGAGUCUCCUGUCAAACCUGUCUCGGAGCCGGAACCAGAACAUAUUUCAGAAGAACCAGGAACCAACAUACAUUUACAGUCAAGCCAACUAGUCAGAAAAUCAAAACUAAUAUGUGAUACAACAUCUUCUCUCUCCGGUCCCGACAAACUCAUGAAUAUAGUUAAUAAUUCAUGUAUUUCCUCAAAAUGUGAUAAUUUAACUGCUUCCUCUAAACCUGAGAUUAAACCUAAUCCUUCCAACUCUGAUAAUAAAACAGCUUCCUCUGUUCCUGGAACUAAAAAGGAUCCUCGUAAAAAUGAUUCUUCAUGUGCUCCCUCCAAACCUGGCAAUAAAGCUGCUUCCUCUAGGUCUAAUUCUUCAGCUUCUUUCUCUAAACCUGAAACUCUAGCCGCUGCCUCCAUCGCUGUUCUUUCAGCUGCUUCCUCAAAACCUGGCAUCAAAGAUGCUCCAUUAAAUCCUGAUUCUUUAUCAACUUCCUCCGGCUUUCUCCAACAGCUUCCUCCAGAUUAUAAAUCUCCUGGAUCCUAUUCCAAUCCUGGAGCUUCUCCAUCCACAAGUUCUGAAUCCUGUUCAGUCUCAGUUAGGCUCAUCCCUGAAAACACUAAAUCUGCUUCAACAUUAGAACAUAACCCUGAAUUUAAAGCUUCCAACCUUGCUAUCAAAUCCAGUCAAGAGCCUAUGAAAAAUAAAGAAGAUAUUAUUCAACUUGCAAAACUAUCCUGCUCCGUAACUGAUACAGAACCUGUACCAACAUCAAACCCCAAGCUAGCAGGAGUACCUGGAGUAAAGAUACAAGGACCCGGAGAAUUCCUGGUUAAAAAACCCGGAUUGGAACCGGUUUUAGAAUUUGAAGAUCUAUAUUUGUCUGGAAGUAAGAAUGAUCUGGUGGAUGAGAGUAGUACUGAGGAUGAGUGCGGGGAUGACUCUAUGGAUAGCCUAGGGAUGGAUGGGAGUGGAGAAGAAGCACUAGAUAGCCUAGGGAUGGACGAUAUCAACCAGAUUGAAGUUUUUGAUGAUUUGAGUAUAAACAGAUGGUUGAUGAGAUUAAUGAGACUAGGAGGCUCUGUCACAUCAUCCGGAUCAUCCGGAUACAAUCCGUCCAUCCGGGAUUCAAGAUGCGCCGGCUCCCUCGGAUGCGGUGUUGCGAGUAGAGAGAGACGAUGCUCCGGAUCGGGAGGAGGUCGAGAACGGAGAUGCUCCGGGUCCUGGGGGAGAGAAAGAAGGUUUUCAAGAUCCAGUUAUGAAAGACGAUCUUCUGAUCUCCCUGGACUACGAACUCCGCCAGGACGAGGUCAGGACGGAGCAGGUGGACUCCGGACUCCUCCGGUGCACUGGAGAAGGUUGUCGGAAACUUCUCCAUUCUAUAAAACCAGCUCCAGUAGGAAAGGUGUAGGAGAGGACGGAGAAGACCAUCAUCAUGUUCCACUCUUCAUCCUUGGUGGUUCAAUCGAUCAAUCAAACCUGGUUCGAAUGCGAAGUUCAAAUCUGGGGAAAUCUGCUCCUUCCCUUUUUAGCUCAACGGUUGAGACUAAAUCUAGAAGUUUUCAGCUAUUGUUUACUUUAUGAAAUAUCAGUUCUGACAGCCCUAGGAUUUCUCCAGGUUACAGGUUAAGGUAGGUCACUGAUCAAGUUAAUAGAUAAAAAGCGAACCCUUAUCGAAAAUAUUGAA